GUAGGAAGUCUCAAAGUCUUAUCAUCACGUGAUUAUAUAUAACUUUCAAAACAUACGUUGCUUGCAUUAGUUUUUGCUGGAGUUACGAAGAACGCUGUUACUCACAGGUAUUUACAAAUACAUGUAUGAUAAAAAUCUAAUUUUCUACAGUUCUGUCUUAGCUGAUCAUGAUCAAUUCUUUUAAGUUAUAGCCUUUACAAAUUAAUUCUGUGAUUUACGUUCAAAACUGAACUGAACUGGGAUGAAAGAUGACAACAAUGUGGCUAUUCGGGGAUUAAUUUGUCAAAAGGGCUCCAAAACACUUUAUGCAUCAUGUCGGGCUUUCCCUUCGUUGUUGUAGGGAUUGGAUUGACACUGGCUGGAAUUCUGCUGAUCAUACUGUUAUGGUGGCACGUCUUUUCCAGAAAAGUAACCCGUCGGGUAGCUGUAACAAACGCAGACAUACAACAUGCUAUCGUUUGCUGUCAGGCGGUGUAUCAGACAGACAGUAAUGGAGAAACUGAUAAAGUCAUUAAACAUUUUAAUGAAAAUAAACCUCUACAUAAUUUCGACAGAGUUUGUGUUAGUAAAUAUGGCCGAGUUCGUUACUUGUUGGCUGUCCAGGAGGGAGACACUGCUAGGGAUUCUAAAGGCGAUAAUAAACAAUCGGAAGUGUUUAUUGCCUUUAGGGGAACUAAUAAUUUUGAUGACGUGCUCUCUGAUUUAAAACUCUUCCCGAAGGCAAGUGAUUACGAGGGACGCCUCCAUGCAGGUUUCUACGAAAUUGCAGAGAUGAUUCCUGUAGAGACCAUCCUACAGAAGUACAGAGGGUAUCGCAUUGUUAUUUGUGGUCACAGUAUGGGUGGCGCCGUCGCACAAAUUGUUGCUCUUGAAAUGCUUGUUCAGAUGGAUAUAAAACAGAUAAAAGAUACAACGACUUGUUGCAUAAGCUUCGGGGCACCUCUUGUUGCUACUAAAGGGGUGACAGAGUUCGUCGAUAAACAUGAAAUGGCUUCUAAAUUUGUAAAUGUCAUCAAUCAAGGUGAUCCAGUUCCUCGGUUACUUAUGUUGAGUCAAUCUCUACAGCAAGUAGCAUCCUCUUCUUCGCAAUUUGCCGAACAAGCUAACGGAGUGAUUACACCGAUUCUAGAUGUGCUAUCACAUGCUCCACAUGCCAUUGUGAGUAGUAGCGCAUCGGUCGCCAGAGAUGUUUUACUCGGAAUCGUUGACGGGACAAAGAAUUUCGAAUCUUUCCUACAGGAGAAUGGUUCCGAACUAAAAGACCUUGAUAAGAUAUAUUCACCACUUGGAGAAUUUCUCUUUUUGGAACAAGAGGAAUCGAAAAGAAAAUGGUUAAACAAUUGUAUUUCAAACCAGGAAAAAAUAACAGAAAGGCUUCUGAAGAAGACAGAUAUUUCAGAGCGGUCAAUAUCACAGCAUACGAUAAAAAACUAUUUACUGACAUGGACUAGAUUAGUUUCCCAGGCUGAACAGAUUGGAACUGGUACCAAAGACAGUCAUCGUGAUCAAGAUGUGUACAGUGUUGAACAAUCCAAUGAGUUUCCUUUGGAGCUAAGUUCUGUUGACUUUAAGAAAUGCUCAGGAGAUAGGCUUGACGUCAGCAUCGGUGGAAAGAAUCUUUCAUUCAUCAGUUUAAAAGAUUCCAAAUUUAAAGGGAUAUCGGUGAGGAAAGUAGAUCUUAUUUCAAAAGACAACGAGAGUGUAAAACUGACUUUGCACUUGGACUCAGAAAGCAUCAUUAAACCCUUGCUGACUAUUGAGAUUGCCACCCAUUUCGAAAAGGGAUGCUUCGAAAAAGAUUCUAAAGACUUACAGGAGAGGGGAGCAAAUACCCUGAAGACCAUUUUGGAAGAUGAUUUGAACCCAAUGAUGCUGCAACAGGCCUUCGAACGUGGAGUAGCCCAAGUGACCAUGGCUAGGAGCAGUCGAGAAGAAUCUAUAAGGGAAAACGUGCUACUGAAAACCCUGUUUAAGUUGGAGCAGACCACAAAUCCCAAACUACAAAAAAUUGAAGGCGGAGUACUUUGGAGGACUGCGUUGGACUCGACCAAAGACGGAACGUUAGCCUUUACAAACGAACAUUCCAAGAAGACACUAGACACAUUUAAGCGAAUUGUUCAACAGACUUUAUCUAAACUGAUAAUUCAAACUGAACGAAGGGGUUUCCUAAGAGAAGCUACGAUUGGUACCAUUCUCAGUGCUGCAGGAGCAUUAGCUAAAAACCAGAUGUCUCAGCUUAGUCUCAGUUUAACUGGUCUUGGGACUCUGCUUGUGCAAACUGCUACAGCUGUUACAAUGCCACAACUAGCUUUGGCAUCAGCAGGCCUGUUUGCAGUUGUUAGCUCUGUGGGUGUCGUGUAUUAUUAUUAUACGAGCGGUAACGAAGAUGGAAGUUACAGAGACAUUUUGUGCUUCCUUUGCACGAUGAUGUCGAGAAUGGAUACCGGGAAUUUUCAAAGCGAGUCUACUCUUCAGUUAGAGAAAAGGUUGCACGAUAUUUGUCAGGAUCCUAAUUAUGACAACAGGAUAAAUUAUCUUUGUCUACGAGGAAACGAAGGUCGUACCGAGCAAUUAACUAAGAAGUCGAAAAAAGACAUUUCGGAUCGCAUUAACAUGUGUUUGUCUGUGCAUAAGAUUCGCCAGGUGCUCUCGAGAGCUUGCUGUGUGUGUGUUGUUGGUACUCAAGACGCUGGCAAGUCAACCACAAUCAAAGAAGUCUGGGGAGUAGAUGUUGAAAAUAUUGGUUUAUCUGUUCAUACCACAAAAGCAACGUUGUACUCCAUCACGCCCCAUUGUACGGUGAUUGAUUUCCCAGGUUCCGACUCUUUGGAUGAAAGCAUUGCUGGAACGAUGCAAUAUCUUGGAGCUACUGCGAGCUUCUUUAUUUACAUCACGAAAUUCCAAGGGGAUCCGACUAAACUCCAUAGAGAGGAACUAAAGAAGGUGAUACCUUUUGGUUGUCCAGUUCUGAUAUGCCUGAGUCAAUGUUCUCGUUAUAAGAAUGAGUUGAGUACCAAGAAAGCGAUUAGUCAUUUUAAAACGGCCUAUAGUGAUGUCUUUAAUGCUAUCGAUGUACCAGAGUUCGAGGUUAUGUUCACGGAAUUGAUAGAGCUCACAACAGAGAUGAAAAACGUCGGUAUAAAGGGUGUGGAGGACGUACAAAAGUGGAUGAAAAAUUGGCUGGUUAAAAAUUCCGUGUAUAGAGAAGACGAUGCCCAACUUCAAUCGGCUGUUGGUAGGAAAGCAGGUAGCACAGGACAAUAAUAGAUAUGCACAAUUAAGUCGCCUGGGGACACAAAUAUCAAAGUGAAACUUUUAAAGUCUGCUUCAAUAUUGUUCCCCAUUGGGGCUUUACUGUAUAUAGCGCAUCUGAAUUAACUGAUAUAUAAUUUGUUUAACUAUUACUAGAUAUAAUGUAUUAACGGUAGAACCAGUGCUGUGGUCUGUAUAGAGAACGCCGGCGGAUCCAGAGAGGGGGCACGGGUCCCCUUAAAAUGGGUUUCACAUUUUUAAAAUGUGGGCCCCGGGGCCCAAUUUUAGGUUUUAGAUGCCAAGAAUGUUUUCCAAAAUGUUUUCCAAGACUUGGAAUAUGCCCCCCCCCCCCCUGUUAGCUUCUGGAUUCACUAAUGGAGAUAGCAAAUAAUUGUUAGCAGCGUGUACAGUUGACAGACUUACUAUUAUAUCCAAACGAUUUCAAAUGUAAAUCUCAAAAACGAUCUGCAGUGUGUUAUCAAAUGGUGAUCAUGAAGGCGCAUCGAAACACAAGUCAGCAAGAAGUUCUAUAUACUAAAGAUCGUUCAAACUUACAUCACCCGUUUAUGAUGAUGUUGCGCAUAAUAUGAUAAUAUGAUUGAUAAGCAAAACAUGGACACAAUACGUACAGACGAAGUUAUCAAUUAUUUUAGUGAACUUUAAUCGUACUAGUAGAUGAGAGUAUUUUAAUGUUCUUUGUGAACACGGAUGGGAACGCUAUGACUAGAUUUAGGUUGUGUAAUGGCUAGGUUGAUAACUGUAUAUUUUAAUGAGGUUUAACAUGAAUCAUUAUCUUAUUUGUACGAGGGGUGAUCAAUAAGAAAUGGACGCUUUUUACACAGAUGCUUUUAUAGACCAAUACGUUCGAUUUUCUUACCAGUGAUACAUCAUUCAA